ACGCGACUCGCCGUCGUCGAAUAUGAACAACAACGCAGCUCCGGGCGCCUCGGAUUAUGAUUGUCGCGUUUCCGGCUUGUGAUUAUGUCCGUACGUAUUAACUCAAACUUGUCGUUCGGCCGAAAUUGUUUCGCGUGUCCCGCGUCUUCGUGGUGUCCGCGGUCCGCCGGCUCCUUAACGGUGGUGUUUGUGUGACGUCCAAGACGUCGUCGUCGUCGUACCGGGCGAAAUGUCCAAUGAAAAAUGACUCACGCCAGCCAUCAGACCAACGGUGCCAGCUUGGAGGAUUGCCAUACAAACUUCUUCGCCCUGACUGAUUUAUGCGGUAUUAAAUGGCGUAAAUUUGUACAUUGUUCUGCUGGUCCUGAAGGGCCACCAGAUUGGGCAAGUGGUCCUGGGGGAACAACUAACACUUGCGGCUCAGUGCUUGAAGACCCAGUAUUAUCUAGUUAUACACGAUGUUUAACCCACGAUAUGUUAGCUGUAUGGCGACGAGUGUCACUUCCCCAAGGAAAUUCUCAACAGACAUCACUUGAUCCUUUGGUUCCUGCCCCACCAACACCAUUGCCUGCUCUCCCACCUGCACUUUCUUUAAAAGCUUCAAAAGAAUUGUGGAUAUUUUGGUAUGGUGAAGAGCCUGAUCUGACUGGACUUGUUUCUCAACAACUUUUAGUUAAUGAAGGAGAUAAUGGCUCUUGGGAAAGUGGUUUAUCAUAUGAAUGCCGCUCUCUGUUAUUCAAAGCUCUUCAUAAUUUAAUUGAAAGAUGUUUACUAUCUAGAGAUUUUGUACGGUUAGGGAAAUGGUUUGUGCAACCAUAUUCAUCAUCUGAAAAAUUAGAUGACUCUUGUUCCAGUCAUUUGUCAUUUUCUUUUGCAUUUUUUGUACAUGGAGAAAGCACAGUUUGUGCUAGUAUAGAUGUAAGGCAACAUUCUGUUGUUCGUACAUUAUCUAAAGAACAUUUAAUGCAAGUUUCAAGUCAGUCUUCUAAUGUGACAAAUAUUCCAGUUAUGCUUGCACCAUUUGGUCUUGCGGGAACUCUCACUGGUCAUAUAUUUAAAAAUAUGGAUGCUGAAACUAGUCGUAUGAUGGAUGAAUGGAGCCAUUUCUAUCCUGUUGUAAAUAGCAGUGGUCCUAAUGAUUUGCCUCCUGUAGUGGAAGUCUUAGUUGGUGGUGUCAAAAUGAGAUAUCCAUCUUGUUAUGUUUUAGUAACUGAUUUAGAUGAAAGUACUACUGAGUUACAUAAAAAUCAUAAUACACAACCAACAACUCAACAAAUUAGUCGUAAUAUUAUUUUUAAUUUAGUAAAAAUAACAAAUGUCUACUAUAAAAUGUAAUUUUAUGUUUUAGCAUUAAUUAAAACUCAAGUGUUGCCUCCUAAACAUCAUCAUCAUCCUGAUACUAUUGUUUAUACAUUGGAUAAUACAGUAUCAGCAAUUCCAGAAAGAGCAUGGCAGGAUUGUGUGCUUGGACCAUUACAUACAGAACAAAAUCCUCCGUCCAGACCUGAAUCACCAACAUUAGGUCAAUGGCAUUUAUCAGAUCCAUUACAAAAACUCGCGUGUUCCUGUACAAGGUGUAGAAAAACCAGUUCCAAGCACCAUCCACAGCCAAUUGGCACAACGUUCCAUAGACGCACUCCCCUCCCUGAUAGUUAUGUCGUUCAGCAGCUGCCACUUGAUGCCAACAAUACCACCCUCAGGUCAACACGAUUGGGUCCUACUGAUAGUCCUUGUGGUCUUGACUCAGUUCCACCAUUACCCUCAGUGCCAACACCUCCAUCAGCUGGUCAAUCAGCUCCAUUAUCUAUUCCACCGCCAAUGUUGAGCCCUCAUGAUGAAAAAAUUCCAAUUACUCCUUUAUCAGUUGAUUUCCAGCCUAAAUCUGUAUCAUCUGUUUCAAACCAAGUAUUUUCACCUUAUCCAACUUCAGCACCUGCAAGUCAAGAGCCAAAUAAGUCUGGGCGUGACAGUAAUGUUGGUACCCCUACUCCAACUAAUAAUGUUAGUAUUUCGGCAAAUACUCCAACAUCUACAACACCUGUUUCUCAAUUAACAACGCAGAGCUUAAGUACUUAUAUAUCUCUAAAGAGGCCCCAGCUUUCUUCAAAAGAUUAUGAAACUAAUCAAAUGGAGGAAGAACUUAUGCCGUCCAAGCUGCUAUAUGAUUACUCAACAGUAGAUGCUUGGUUAUAUCAUCCUGUAAAGAAAUUUAAACCUGCAACACCUAAACAAGAGCCAGUUUCAAGGAUAAAUAAUACUUUAGAAAAUCCCGUGUCCCCUCCACAAGUAUAUAUUAGAAGAGAUACUAAUUUGCCUUUACAUUCAGUUGAACCAGCCGAAAAUCCUAUGAUUAAUUUUACUUUUGAUGAAGUGAAAAAUAAUGCUUUAAGGUUUAAAGACGGGCGAUCAGAUCCCUAUGAAUUUGAUGAAGAAAAUGGUGCUCAUUCAAGUAAUAAUGUGAUUAAUGCUCUAGAUUACAUGAAACUUAGUAAUUCAAUGUCUACAAUGAAGCAAGAAGAUGUUAAAAAAGAGUAUGAUUCUACAAUGAUGAAUGGAAAUAAGUGUUUGGGUGAUAGUAUGAGAGAUCUUGAUCAUAUGUUUGAUAACGACGAUCUUUCCAGUGAUGAAACUACAGCUACUCUGCAAAUGCAAACGCCUCCUGGCUCGAAUAAGCCUGAUGACUGUAUUAGCAAUAAUUUAACAACACUAUUAGUAAGGCCCCCGCGUGGAAGUGGAGGAGGUAGUGGUGGUGGUGUAUUAAGACCUGAAGAAUUAGUCAAAAUGUUUCCAACCCCACCAUCUUUAGAGCACAACCCUAUAGCAUCACCAUGUCCUGACAUUGAUUUAUUUCCUUCUCGUACUUAUCAAAAUUCAUACAUGGGAAGUCCUCAAUAUGAUCACAUAGAUGAUUGGUCGUAUGUUUACAAGCCACCAAUUGUUGCUAAGAUGGUUGGAUCUUCAAAAUAUGCUCCACUAAAUAAUCUGCCAAGUCAAAGCUUACCACCUUUAGUAUUGCCUUCAAAUUGUAUAUAUAAACCAUCAUCCUUUGUAUAUCAUACAUCGCAUUCCCAAAUUCAACAUCAUCAAUCUCAACCUGAAAAACAAACACAAAUUGUGCCUCCACCUGCAUCAUCUGGUAAUAGCAAUUUGAUGCCAAACAUGAAUCGUAAUAAUCAUUAUCUUCAUCCUAUGAUGAUGAGUCCAUCACCUCACAAUUCACCAUGGCCUGGUGGUGGUAACCAGUAUCAUAGACCUUCAUCUCAACAGAUGCAACAACACCAACAAGUUCCUCCACCACCUUAUAGUCCAGCUGUUUCACAACAUCACAAUAUGAAUGUUGGAUCUACUAACAUAUCACCACCAGUACCUGAAGCUAAUUCUAUUGUAGUGAUAGUUUUGUUAACAGAUUCAUUAUUAAAUGUCUUCCGAGAUCAUAAUUUUGAUAGUUGCACCUUGUGUGUUUGUAAUGCUGGUCCAAAAGUAGUUGGUAAUAUUAAAGGUACAGAUGCUUCUGUUUAUCUUACUCAUACUUUGACACCAAAUGGAUUUUCUUCUCAAUAUCAACAGCAUCAUAUGUCUGUUGGAAUGCCAGGUGACGAUGAUGGUAUAAGAUGCAGUUGUGGUUUUAGUGCUGUUGUAAAUCGACGUCUGUCUCACAAGUCAGGAUUAUUUCCUGAGGAUGAAGCUGAAAUAACUGGAUUGGUUGAAGAUAUUCCAGUUCGUGUUGAUGAUAAUUCAAUGAAUCCUGAAGUUUUAGAAUUAGUGAGAGAACAAUGUGCAGCAGUUGUACAUAGUCCAUGUAAUUCUCUUGUGCGAGCUGCAGCAAAAUAUGCAAUAUGUAAUUCAUUACAACCAACAUUAGUUAAUAUGUUAGAAUUUUCUGAUACAAAUCAGGUUGCUUUAUUAGCUCUAGAACAAGGAAGGAUAGCAAAGUUGGAAGGAGGAAUGAACAAUCAUUGGCAAGUUGAACAUCAUCGUUGGCCUGGUCAUCACCAACAACCAUUACCCUCUUUAAAUAAUAAUUCUCCACCUGUACACAAAUGGGCUUAUAGUCAAGCUUCAGGACCACGGAAUAGUAGACAAUUAAUACGAGUAAUGCGAACUCUGCAACCAAUUUUACAAGAAGCCAUUCAAAAAAGAAGUGUUGCAUCUCGGCUUUGGGAACCAUAUUCUGUAACAGGACCUUUAACUUGGCGACAGUUUCAUCGUUUAGCAGGAAGAGGUACUGAAGAUAGAUGUGAACCUCAACCAAUCCCACCUAUAUUAGUAGGACAUGAUAAAGAUUGGCUUGCUGUUGCACCUCUAGCUCUUCAUUAUUGGGAUAAGUUACUUUUAGAACCAUUUUCAUAUUCUAGAGAUGUUGCAUAUAUUGUUGUUAGUCCAGAUAAUGAAUUUAUUUUGCAAAGAACAAGAGCUUUUUUUAAAGAACUUAGUGCAGCAUAUGAAAUCAAUAGAUUAGGUCGUCAUUGUCCAAUAACAAAAGUACUACGCGAUGGUAUUCUUAGAGUUGGAAAAUCGGCUGCUGCAAAACUAGCUAAAGAACCUGUGGAUGAAUGGUUUUCAAUGUUGGGUGAAAACCACCAAUCUUCAAUGUUGAAAUUGUAUGCCCAAGUUUGUCGUCAUUAUUUAGCUCCUCAAUUGUCUCAAUUUUCCAUGGACAAAACUCUAUUGGAUCCUCCUGAAGGUAGUGUACCAAGACCUCCACCUUCACCAAUGCCACCUCCUGCAUCAAUGACACCAAAUUCUGUUGAAUCUCCUUUAUCUUCUGAUCGUGCUCCUACACCUAAAAGUGAAAGUGCAGAUGAAAUAUCUGCUGGAUCUCAGGCUGACAAAAGUUUUAAUAGUAGCAGUGACAAUAGUCAUUGUGAUGAUGAUGAAAGUGAAGUUCCAGCUAUUGUUAUUUAUCUUGUUGAACCUUUUUCAAUUGGUAAAGACAGCAGUAAUCUUGCAAAAAUUGCUUGUCAUGGUCUUCUACGAUGCUAUAAUACAGUAUUGGCUACUUUACCAGAAGUUAUACGUUCUAAUAUAUCUGUUCAGCUAAUAUCUUUAGAAAGUGUACUUGAACUUGGUCGAUCAUCAGAUCAUUUGAAAAUGAGUGACAGCAUGAAGACAUUAGCUUUGUCUGUAUUCAGUCAAUGUAGGCGAUAUUUAACACAUACUUCCAAUAUUAAAGCGCUUACAGGUUUUGGUACUGCAGCUAUGACUGAAUUAUUUUUAAAGAAUAAAGAUGAGAAAAACAGAACUGCUUAUAAAGCAUAUACUCCACCCUUCAUUUUAGCGGGUUGUAGAAACAAUAAAACUGGCAGAACUGAUAGUAGUUUACCUGGUGACAUUGGCGGAAGUGAUUCUUUAUCCAUCCUUGGAGGACCUAAUGGAAAUGGAUCACCUUCAGGAACUGACCAACAAUGUUCUGUACUUUAUGCUAGUUAUUGUAUUUCUGAAGACCAACGAUGGAUAUUAGCCACAGCAACAGAUGAACAGGGCAUUCUUUUAGAGACUGCUACAAUUAAUAUACAUGUUCCUAAUAGAAAUAGACGAAGAAAAUCUCCAGCACGAAGAAUUGGAUUACAAAAAUUAAUGGAAUUUAUAUUAGGUGUGAUGAGUCAAAGUGUAACUCCAUGGCGUUUAGUUGUAGGAAGAGUUGGUAGAAUUGGUCAUGGCGAACUUAAAGGAUGGUCUUGGUUAUUGAGUCGUAAAGCAUUAUUAAAGGCAUCACGUCACUUAAAGGAAUCUUGUAGUCAGUGUAGCUUAUUAUAUCAAAAGUCUGAUGUUCCAUCUGUUGUAAGCGCUUGUUUAGUUUCUUUGGAACCAGAUUCAUCUCUAAGAUUAAUGACUGAUCAAUUCACACCUGAUGAACGUUUUAGCCAAGCAUCUGUUGCUUGUCAGUUAUCUACUCCACGUGACAUAUCUGCAACUCAUAUAUUAGUGUUUCCAACAUCUGCAACGACACAGUCUUCACAGACCGCUUUUCAAGAGCAACAGAUAAAUGGUCCAGAGCUUGGUGAUGAUGAACUAUUUAGUGCAUUUAAUGAAGAAGAUAUGCCAGAAGGUAUGGAAGGUAUGGGUGACUUCAAUGAUAUAUUUAGUACAUGGAAUGAGUCAGAUGCAGUGGGAAACACAAGUUUAGGGCUUCCUAGUAGUGGAGUUACUGGUGGUAUAGGUGGAUCAAAUGGAAAUGUAUUAGGAAGUGGCAUGGGAACAGGAUCUUUAAGUGGAUCAAUGGGAAUGGGACGUGGAUCUAUGGGAACAAGAGGUGAUUGUUCUCAGCCUGGUAGUCCCCCCUCAUCACAACCUUGUAGUCCUUUCAACUGUGGCUCAUCUUCAUACAGGAAUGGUAGUAGUUGCUUGGAUAGUCAUGAAGAAGUAGGAGCAUUACUUCAACAACCUUUAGCCUUAGGAUAUUUAGUGUCGACUGCACCAACUGGUCGAAUGCCUUCGUGGUUCUGGGCAUCAUGUGCACCAGAUAUUGAAAAAUAUAGUCCAGCUUUUUUGAAAAGUGCAUUACAUAUGCAUACUGUACAGCUUCCUAAUAACGCAGAUCCUGCAGCAGCAGAUCUUUUACAUCCAACAUCUGCAGUUUCAGCACAUCCUUUAGAUUCACAAUAUACCACAGAUGUUUUAAGGUACGUCUUAGAAGGAUAUAAUGCACUAUCAUGGUUAUCAUUGGAUUCGAAUACUAGAGAUAGAAAGUCAUGUUUGCCAAUACAUAUGCAAGUGCUUAUGCAACUGUACCACACUAUGAAUGCUCUUAUUUAAUGUUUUCUGAAAUAACUUAGUUAAUUAUUCACAAAACAUUUUCUUUAUUGUUUCAUCUAAUUUAUAGGUCAAUUAAGGUGAUAUUUUCUUAUGUAAAUUUUUUAGCUAUUUUUGAAAAAUAUGUUUUAAAAAUAAAAACUGGACACCAUUUUAGUUUAUACAUAAGUUUAUUAAUAUUAAAUUAAAAUAAUGAACUUAAUAAAAUAGUAGGUACCAUUGGUUAGAAAAUUUUUAGGGCAAUUUUAUUUUAUUACAGUAUGUUAUAGAUAAAUUGUGAAUGUAAAUAAUAAUAUUAUUAUUAUUCUUGAUACAUUUUUUUUUUUCACUUUUUUUUUAUGACAAUUUUUAUUUGAGUUGUCAAGGAACGAGUUACCAUAAAAUAUUGUGUCGUUUUGAUGGUUGUUCAUAUUUAAGUUUAUUAUUAUUACUUUUUUUUUUGUAUAAUAUAAUUUAUUGUCCCUUUUUUAUUAUCACAUUAAUUUAUUGUAAUUUUUUAUAGUAAAUGUCAAUAUUAGUCACUUUGAUUUGUGACUGUUGUUAAAUAUCUGGCUUUAAAUUUUGAGCUCUCAUUUUCCCUUCCUUCCCUAAAAUAUUGGGAUAUAUGUACAUGUAUAUUUAAAAACAUAAUAUUUUGGUUUAUUAUCAUAUAUAAUUAUUAUAUUAUUAUUAUUUAUUAUUAUUAUUAUUAUUAUUAUUAUUAUUAUUAAUAUUAUUGUAUAAAUGAAGUGUAAAUUUGUGCGUAUUUAUGUAUAAAUAUAUUUUAUUAAUUAUUUAUGUAAAAUAUUUAUUGUCUUGACCAAAAAGAAGAAAAUCCUGUAGAAUUAUCAAUAAAAUUGUAGCCAAUUUGAACAAAUUAUAUAUUCUAACCAAAGUUAUUAAUUAUACAUGAACUUUUUUUGAAUAAUUAUUAUAUUAAUGAAAUUACUGUAAAUUAUUACUACAACUUUUUCGUUUUGUACAGGUACAUAUAAUGUAAAGUAUGUGUAAUAUUAAUAAUAUUACUAAUAAAUAUUGUAAUACAGAAAUUAAGUAUUGUACAAAACUAAACCAUGGAAUACAGGUGGUUUUAACAUUAUUAUUGUGAAUAUUGAAAAUGUAUGAAAAAUAUUAAUACCUUGUACGCAGGCAAUGUUAAUGUUAUUCCAUAAAAAUGUUUAAAAAAUAA